AAUGGUCCUGAACAAGCCCUUGGCCUGGCUUUUUGCUUAUACAAUCAUGUGCAGACGGCAGGGGUGAAGAGGUUUGUCUGUCUCUGUCUUCUCUAAAUAACCUAUUAUUUUUCAGGAGACCUUUAAUGUUGGAGUCUACAAUGAUUAGUCGUUGGCAAUUGUUUGCUUAUACAAUCAUCAUUAGCCAAUCAUGUGCAGACGGUAGGUGGAGAGGAGCAGUUUGUCUGUCUCUGUCUUCUCUAAAUAACUAUUAUUUUCAGGAGACUUGUAUGGUGGAGCCUACAAUGGUUUGUCGUUGGCAAUUGUUUUGGUGAAUCGAAGGAAACAUCCAGGAAGCUUUCCUAUAUUGCUGAUGGCAGCAAGCACUUUCUCUCUCUCUCUCUCUCUCUCUCUCUCUCUCUCUCCUCUGCUAAUGGAGAUGGAGUCAAUGUUCUCUUCUCUUCUUCGAUAAAAUUGUAUAGCACACCGAGCUCUGUGAUAUUGAUCUUCCAAUGGAUUAUGGUUUCCUCUAUAUGGCUGCUACUCUAUUCUGCACGAUUUUGAGUCGUCUGAUUUAUGCUUAUAGAAAAUCCAAAUCCAACCAUAUCUUCCUAAGCUUCUGCAGGAAAGAUGUCUUUCCGGGCGUCUUUCUCAGCAGGGAGCUCAGGAAGAAAAGAAUCGUCCCGUUCACUGACAAUGAUAUAGAGAGGAGUAAGUCCAUGAAAGCUAUCAGGAGAUCAAGGAUUUCGCUUGUCUUGCUCUCAGACAACUAUGCUUCUUCGACACUGUACUUGAAAGAGCUGGUGGAGAUCAUCAAGUGCAGAGAAGAGUUGGGACAAACGGUGGUUUCUGUUUUCUAUCACGUGGAUCCGACGGAUGUGAAGAAUCAGACUGGUGAAUUUGGGAAGGUCUUUUUAACAACUUGUGAUGGAAAAACGAAGGAGGAGAUCAGAAGAUGGAAACAUGCUUUGAGGGAAGUGGCCCAAAUCGUAGGUUACCAUUCAGAAAACUGGGAGACUGAAGAAGAGAUGUUUAGAGAUAUUGCCAAUGAUAUAUCAAACAAGUUGAAUGAUUCCAAACCAUCCAGUAAUAUCGGGAGACUAGCCUGGAUGGGAGAUCAUGUAAAAGAGAUGAAAGAGUUGUUACGCCUGGACUUAGGUGAAGCGAGGGUCAUAGGAGUUAGUGGUCUUCCUGGGAGUGGUAAGACCGUCAUCGCCAAUUAUAUAACCCAAUGUCUUUCUCAUCAGUUCCAGUUAAGCACAUUGAUUGACAUCAAAGGAGGCUAUCCAAGAACUUUCCACGAUGAAUUGGAGUUGCAGAACCAAUUGUUUUCUCAACUAAUCAACCAAAAGGAUAUUAUUGGUGAGAGUUCACAUCCGGGAGUUGCACAGGAAAGGUUUAAAGACAAGAAAGUGUUAGUCGUUCUUGAUGACGUGGAUCAGUUGGGAGUAAGACAGUUACAAGUCUUGGCGAGAGAAGUGUGGGGGUUUGGUCCAGGAAGUCGGAUUAUCUUAACAUCACAAGAUCGAGCGCUUUUAGAGGCACACGGGAUCAAACAUAUUUACAAAGUGGGAUUUCCAGAAUCUGAUGAACCUCUUCGAAUCUUCUGCAUGUAUGCUUUUCGUCAAAAGUCCCCAUAUUUUGCUUUUAGGAAGCUUGCUCAGCUAAUUACAACACUUUCUGGUGAACUACCUGCGGGGCUAAGGUUUUUGGGCUCUUAUUUUCGAGGAAAGCCCAAGCAUACGUGGCAAAAAGAACUACCAAAGUUAAUGACUAGCGUUGACGGAGGGUUGGGGAGCAUUAUAAAGUUUACUUACGAUGCUUUAUCUGGUGAAGAUAAAAAACUAGCUCACCAUUACAUAUCCUCUUUCCGCGAUGUUGAAUUGACUCAGAGAAUGGAAGAGUUUUUAAGAAAGAGCCUCUCGGAAGUGAGGCCAAAGCUUACCAUUACGAAUCAAGAUGAGAAGGGAAAUGUUAAUACAAGUGAAAGACCUUCCAAAGGAACAUCUUCGAAUGGAUUACUUCACACCGUCUACAUCUACUGCGCAGAUACAUUACAGUACUCUUUUGCCAGCCACCUCUCUGUGGAUUUCCACCGGAAAGGCAUUGAGGCAUCCGUAAAUUGCAAUGAGACUCUGGAUGUCAUAGAGGGAGCUAGCGCUUUUGUGGUGGUUUUAUCUAAGAAUUACUUGUCCUCCCCCUCAUUCCUGGACAAGCUCGUGAGGGUUCUUCAUUACCGAAGGAAAAACGAAAAGCUGGUGAUCCCAGUGUUCUAUCGUAUUAGUCCAUCCGAUGUGGCAGCUGCACUGCAAGGGACUAUCGCGCUCCAAGUGAAAAGUAGAAUAUAAUAUGAUAUAUUAUUGUGUUGUGAUCAAUAUGAGAAUACAAUCCAUAUAUAUAAUGCUAACAUUAACAUAAUGUUGACACUAGAUAAUGUUAACUUUCCUAAAUACUUAAUGGAAAUAUGCUAAGAAUAUCUUGAGGUUAACUUGCUCUUCAAAUCUUU